CCUUAAUACUUACAUGUUUAAAACCAAAGAUUUGUUUUAGUGUAAAAAAUAACAUGAAUAAACCAGUAGUCAUUCAUUGGUUUCGCAAAGGCCUCCGCCUACACGAUAAUCCUGCACUGUUAUCUGCAUUAGAAAAGGUUGGGGAAAGCCAUUAUGAACUGAGACCAGUCUUCAUUCUAGAUCCAUGGUUUGUUAAACAUGCAAGGGUAGGCCCUAAUCGCUGGAGGUUUCUCAUUCAAAGCCUUCAAGAUUUAGAUAACAACUUGAAAAAAAUUGGGUCCCGUCUUUUUGUUGUGAAAGGGUCACCUUUGGAAGGAUUCAAGAAACUCUUUAAGGAGUGGAAUGUUAAAAAAUUGACUUUUGAGGUUGAUAUAGAACCCUAUGCAAAAAUUAGAGACGAAGAAAUAAAACAGCUAGCUGAAAAGCACUCUGUCACCGUAAUUACAAAGGUGUCCCAUACAAUUUAUGAUUUGGAACAGGUUUUCAAAGCAAAUGGUAACAAAGCCCCACUGACCUAUGUAAAGUUCCAGUCUGUGGUAGCCAAAUUUGGGACUCCAGAAAAGGCAUUGGAUGCCCCAGGAAACUUGCCAAAACAGUGCCAGACUUUGCUUUUGUCUGAAGACUAUAAUGUUCCGCUCCUGGAGGAGAUGAGAGUUGACUUGACGGGAUUAGGGAAAGAGCUAUUUCCUGGCGGUGAGAGUGAAGCUCUAAUUAGAUUGAAUAAGUACAUGAACCAACAGGAAUGGGUGUGCAAAUUCAGCAAACCAGAUACAUCACCAAAUAGCAUCGAACCAUCAACCACUGUGUUGAGUCCUUAUCUCAAAUUUGGAUGUUUGUCUUCUCGUCUAAUGUACCAUCGGAUCCAUGAUGUAAUUGCUGGUCGGAAACAUACCAGUCCGCCAACGUCAUUGACGGGUCAGUUGCUCUGGCGAGAGUUUUACUAUACUUGUGGCGCAUAUGUUCCUAAUUUUGACAGAAUGGAGGGAAAUCCGAUCUGCAAGCAAAUUCCGUGGAAAAAGGAUCCAGAAGAUAAACAUUAUCUUGCUUGGAAAGACGGCAAAACAGGAUAUCCAUUCAUAGAUGCCAUCAUGACGCAAUUAAGAACAGAAGGUUGGAUCCACCACUUGGCCAGGCACGCUGUUGCAUGCUUCCUAACACGUGGAGAUUUAUGGGUGUCAUGGGAACUUGGUCAACAGGUUUUUGAAGAGCUGCUAUUAGACGCUGACUGGUCGUUGAACGCUGGGAACUGGAUGUGGCUCUCUGCAUCAGCUUUCUUUCACCAGUACUUCCGCGUUUAUAGCCCAAUAGCCUUUGGCAAAAAGACCGACAAACAUGGCGAUUACAUCAAGAAGUAUCUGCCGGUUUUAAAGAAGUUUCCAUCAGAAUACAUUUAUGAACCCUGGAAAGCGCCUUUAAGUGUCCAGCAAAAGGCCGGAUGCAUUAUUGGGAAAGACUAUCCGAAGCGAAUAGUAGAACAUGAAAUUGCCGUAAAAGAGAAUUUAGCCAAGAUGAAGGAAGCCUAUCAAGGCAAUAAAGAAGAAGGGCCUGAAAAUGAAAUUGCCAAACGAAAAAAAGCGCCUUCUAAGGACUCUUCACCAAAGAUAACGAAAUUUUUGAAAAAGAAAUAACUUGUACCCAAACACAAACAGCAACCUUUAGAUCUAAAAAAGUGCAAUUAUAAAAUUUUACAAGUGCAGAUGUCAUUCUUUCUUUUCAUGAAAUUCAUUGUAAAUGGAUCCGCACGUUCUUGCAUUAAAUCACGAUAUCAAAAUUU